GCUUUUUUUUUUUUAAACAUCGUCCUUCUCAGUAAUGGCGGCUUCGUUCCCUUCUCCUUCUGCAACAAACAACAACAAAUGGUAUUAUACCAGAGAGCAGAUCGAGAAUAGCCCGUCGCGACGUGCCGGGCUUGAUCCAGAUAAGGAAUUGUCCUACAGACAACAAGCCGCAAAUCUCCUUCAGGAUAUGGGACAGCGACUCAAUGUAUCCCAGCUCACAAUAAAUACUGCCAUUGUCUACAUGCAUAGAUUCUACAUGGUCCAGUCUUUCACUCGAUUUCACAGAAAUGUCAUAGCUCCCGCCACACUCUUCUUGGCUGCCAAGGUUGAGGAGCAGCCGCGUAAACUGGAACAUGUAAUCAAGGUGACCCAUGCAUGCCUCAACCCUCAGGACCCAUCACCAGACAUCCGUAGCGAUGCUUAUCUGCAACAAGCCCAAGACCUGGUCAUUCUUGAGAGCAUUAUACUCCAGACCCUGGCCUUUGAAAUCACCAUUGACCACCCACAUACUCAUGUUGUCAAGUGCACUCAGCUUGUCAGAGUUGUCCCAGCGAGUAAGGACUUGGCCCAGACGUCAUACUUCAUGGCCACCAACAGUCUGCACUUGACCACGUUCUGCCUGCAGUACAGCCCACCCAUCGUGGCCUGCGUGUGCAUCCACCUGGCCUGCAAGUGGUCAAACUGGGAGAUCCCCGUGUCCACAGACAGCAAGCACUGGUGGGAGUAUGUGGACCCCACUGUCACCCUGGAGCUGUUGGACGAACUCACACAUGAGUUUCUGCAGAUCUUGGAAAAGACGCCGAGCCGGUUAAAACGCAUCCGCAACUGGAAGGCGGCUGGGCAGACAGUGAAGGGGAAGUCCAAAGUCCAGGAUGACGGAGACCAGACGGACGCCAUGAUGAGCAUGAUAUCCAUGGCCUCUUCGGAGAGCACGCUGGCGGGCCUGAUGAGCCUCUCGGCCCCAGCCUCUUCGUCCUCCUCCAUGGAUGACACGGACCGCGGCACAGCGGGCAGCGCCCAGCACUGGCAGGCCGGCGGCAAAGCCGACCCCCAGCAAGCCAACCACGAACUGCACGCCCCCGCUAAAGUGUCCCUGAGCGAGUACCGGGCCAAGCACGCCGACGUCCUGGCCGCACAGAAGAGGAAGCUGGAGAACAUGGAGGCGAGCGUCAAGAGAGACUAUGCCACCGCUGCCCAGGCGCUGAUUGGCCAGCAGAGGAAGGAGAAGCAGCAUCAUCACCAGCAGCAGUCGGGCUCCUCGCACCGUUCCAGCUCGUCGUCCUCCGACGUCAACAACCCUUCCCCCAUCAUCCUGAAGAUCCCCCUGGAGAAGGAGAGGAACGAUCGCAGCUCCCUAAAGAUGCGCUUCCCCCUGGGGACUGGUCCUGGAGGUGGUGGGGGGCACAGUGGGGGCAGCAGGGCUCUGGACCCAGACAUCAAGGUGCGAAUCCGCGUGCCUGAGAAACGAGGAAGCUCAGGGGAGGAGGGCAAGAGCAGGGACAAGCACAGAGAGCGCUCCAACCACCACCACCAUCACCACCACCACCAUCACUCCUCCGGUGGGGCUUCCCUCUCGUCUUCCUCCCAUAAACACUCAUCCGGUGCCAGCGGAGGGGGAGGGAGCAGUAAAAAGGUCCCCAGUGACUCGUCCAGAAUGAGCUCUUCUUCCUCGUCUUCUGCGUCUCGAAAGAGGACCCACCCUCAGGAGCCCACUGCGGGCUCUCACACCUCCAAAGCCAGUAAGUCCUCCAGAAACUCCUACCAGCUGCCCUCCCUGUCCUCGUCAUCUGGACACGCUCUGGGCCACGGCUCUGACAUUUUACCUGCCCUGGGCCUACCCCACCACCCUGGAAACUACUCCCACUCCAAGGGGGAGAAGGCAGACACGAACGGUCACAACAUAAGUGGAGGCGGCCAGUCCAAUGAGUACCAGGACACGUUUGAGAUGCUGAACUCACUGCUGAGUGCUCAAGGGGUUCAGCCUUCCCAGCCUGCCAUGUUUGACUAUCGCUCACAGUAUGGGGAGUACAGGUACAGCGGGAGCUCAAGGGGGGGCAACACGAGACCACCACCUCUACCUGCUGAACCCCCUCCCCCACUGCCACCUUUACCUAAAUGAACUCUUUUGAAUCAAUUGCUAUUUAAUUGCCAUCACAACCAUGUUACAUAAAGCAUUACUCUCAUUGAUUCUGCGUCCUUUUGGGUGUUGGUGAUCAAGAUUCUGUGGGGUUCAACUUGACAGCAAAGAAAUGUACUUUUUAUACAUACUUUCAGUUAGGUUUCGUUGUUUUACCAUAUUUACUUGGGGGGCAAUAAUGGGACUUGAGGAGAAAAAAAAAUGUGCAAAAAAAUUAUUUAUGAAAUGUGUAAAUACUAUUUUUGAUGUUGAUCCAUUUUGUAUCAUUAACUCGUGGAAUGAUGGGACCUGAUAUUUUAGCCAUCCCUUUUUUUGAAGUUAGUUCAGCAUUACUCUGAGUGAAUAAUGUAAACUGAAAUACAUUUGCUUUACUUCUUACUUGGUAAGUCAUGUUAGCAAUUUGUCUUUUUUAUGUUUUUAAAGUGUGAUAUUUAUCAUUAGUAAUGAAUGCUUAUGAGAAAAAGAAACCCUCUUCUAAAGAUGGCCUGCUCUUUCUGCUGCAUCCUGUUGGGCAGAGAAAUAGACUUGUUCUUACACAAGCUUAUUUGAAAAUGCAUGUCUCCAAAGCCAUUGUUUUCAUUGAUUGUUCACGUACUGUAGUCAUUGAGGCAUAGUUUCUCUCCCUCUGAUUUGUCAAUAUAUUUUUUUUCUCUGAAUUAUUUGGUAAACAAUGUUGUACAGAUAUUGUAAAAUUACUAAAGUGAACAUAAAAAUAUUUUUACAUUUGAAAAAGUUGCUAAAAAAAUCCUGUAAAUUAUUUAAAAAAAACGUAACAUUUUUUUUAAAGCUAUAAUGUGUUGCAGUCAUUGUUUUAAAUGGUUGUAAAAUGUCAAUAUUCAAAUAAUUACACUAACGGACCGUUUAUACUACAUAUCUAUGUACAUAAUAUUCACAAACAAACCAGUGCAGUAUAAAAUCUAAUGAUGGAACUGACUUGUCUUAGGUGUUUUGAAACAGAACUGCUAAGUGUUAUUCCCAUUAUUGUCUAAUACUAUUGUUGUCUUUGAUACAUUGAAAUAUUUCCUAAAAGGUGGUAUUAGGUGUGUGAACCUAUGUCAUGUUCAUUGAACAAAUCAUGAUCAAAAAGUAAUUUCAUUUGAUGUCUGCACCACAGUUGUUUUUGGCAAUCUGACAUGGGCAAAAAUGUGUUGCCCUGAACCACCAUGUUCCUCCUAAAAUACAAAUACAUGAAUGAGGAUUAGUUUGGUUUGCUGCAGAUGGGAAUGUGUUGCAGAUGGGAAUGUGUUUUCUCUGACAUAAAUGAAUGACCACAAUAAAGCUGAUGUAGCUAAUAUGAACGUAGAAAGAUGUCACUAAUGCAGUUCAAUGACGUCACUCAUGCGAAUCAACGCAAAAUCACAUUGCUCCCUCUGUUUCCCACCACGAGCUGCAAAGCUCCAAGUUUGACAUGUCCAUCAUCUUAGUGUUUUUUAGCGGUACCACAUAAACUCUCAGGUCUGGAAAUGAAUCAUUUGGGGUGUUUCUUGUUUUAAUGAGCUUAAGGUCUGCGUUGUUUUGGUGAACACUGUUCUUUUUGUAAUGUGGUUGAUAUAAUCCCAUGUCAAUAAAUAUUUUAAAA